AUGAUCCAUCUCAAUAGCACCAUCUUCAGGCCCUCAAUGCUGACUCUGACUGGGAUUCCUGGCUUGGAGUCUGUGCAGUUCUGGAUUGGGAUUCCUUUCUGUGCCAUGUACAUCAUCGCUCUUUUUGGGAAUUCUCUGCUCCUAGUUGUCAUCAAAGUUGAGCGAAGCCUCCAUGAACCCAUGUAUCUCUUCCUAGCAAUGCUUGGAGCAACAGACAUUGCUCUCAGUACUUGCAUCUUACCCAAAAUGCUAGGAAUAUUCUGGUUUCACCUUCCAAACAUAUACUUUGAUGCCUGCCUCUUGCAGAUGUGGCUAAUUCACACGUUCCAGUCAAUUGAGUCAGGCAUUUUGAUUGCCAUGGCAAUGGACAGAUACGUGGCGAUCUGUGAUCCUCUAAGACAUGCAUCGAUUUUUACACAGAGACUCCUCACUCAGAUAGGAAUAGGAGUCACACUCAGAGGUGCCCUCUUUGUAGCUCCGUGUCUCGUUCUCAUCAAAUGCAGGUUGAAAUUCUACUGGACCACAGUUGUAUCUCAUUCAUACUGUGAGCACAUGGCCAUCGUAAAGCUGGCAGCAGAAGAUACUCGUGUCAACAAGAUCUACGGUCUCUUUGUGGCUUUCAGUAUACUUGGACUGGACAUAAUUUUCAUCACACUCUCCUACAUUAGAAUAUUUGUAACUGUCUUCAAGCUGCCUCAAAAGGAAGCAAGACUCAAAGCUUUUAACACAUGCAUUGCCCACAUUUGUGUCUUCUUGGAGUUUUAUCUCCUGGCCUUCUUCUCUUUCUUUACACAUCGAUUUGGCUCCCACAUUCCAUCCUACAUUCACAUUCUCCUGUCUAACCUUUAUCUACUUGUUCCACCUUUACUUAAUCCUAUCGUUUAUGGGGUGAAGACCAAACAGAUUCGAGAUCAAGUGUCCAAAAUUUUCUUCUGUAAAUAUCCUUCUUGA